AUGGUGAAUCUCGUCGACCGGACGACGACGACGGCGACGAGUAGCUUCCAGCAGCAAUCGUUUCCCGCGACCGUCCAGUCGGCGGCGGAGUCGGCCGUCGCCGAAAAUCGGUUCCCACUGUUUCUCGACCAAGCUGGACCAAGCAGCGCGAACGUUCCGUACGGCCGGAACCGCAACCACCAGCACGGCGACGACGACGACGACGACAGUGAUUGUGACGAGGUGAUCGCGAAGAAGGUGGCCAAGUACUCGCCCUCGUUCGGUGUUGGCACCGAUCCAACAGCUAACUUACCGGAACACCCGCGAACCGGCGGCGGCACCGAUAGCGAACCGAGCGUACUGAACGGAACCGGAACUGGUGGGGCCAAAGUUUAUCUGCACCAAUCGACACAAUCCGGCCCGCCGGCAACCGAAUCGCCGAUCGAGAACGGGUUCGAGCUCACGAAUCACGAAAUGUCGAGCACCGUGGCAGCCGUGACGGCGGCCGCUAAUAAAGCGGUCGCGGCCCUCAUGCAGUACCGACAGCAGCAGCAGCAAUCACAGCAACCACCGUCAACAAAUCAGAUGGUCCAGGGGAUGGGACCGUUUCCGGGCACUCCCGCGUUCCCGCCCGGUGCCGCACAGUCCGUUAGCACAGACAGCCUGUCGGUGCAGGUUGUCAAGGGAUCCAGCGGACCGGGUGGCGGUGGCAGUGCUGGCGGCGGCGGUGGAGGCGGCGGAGCAGUGGGCCUGGACCAGCAUUCCCUCAGCACGCUCAAGCAACAGCAGGAACAGCUCAACCACCAGCAGCACGCAGCCGUCGCCGCAGCUGCGGCCGCCGCAGCACAGCUCAACGCCGCCGCACAGACGCAAUCGUUGCGAAAUUCCGUGAGUCAAUUUAGCCCGCAGUCAGUAUUGGGUGCCCCACCAGCUACGUCGAUACCGGUCUCGAUGCCCCUGUCACUGCCCUCGACGCUGGUCAGUGGCGCGGGGGUCACCAAUGGAGCCGCCGUGGCUGCCGCAGCCGGGAUGGCUGCGGCCACGGCAGCCGCGGCCGCCGCAGCCAUGAGCGCCAACGGUGGCUCACCAGGCGCCUCCACCAACGGCUGCAGUGGCGCGAACAGCAACGGCGGCAUUGGAAGCCCCACCGGUAACGGUGGCACGGGAACUGGCGGCGGUUCCAUGGCGAAGGGAAAUGAACCACAGACUGUUAGCAUUUCCGAGCUAAUGCAGCAAUCGGAGGACGCAUCCAACGUAACAAGUGCCAACACAGACGCCGGAAACGGCGUAAACAACAGCAGCAACAACAGCACCAGUAACGCCGUCUCCGCGGCCAUUGCAGCAGCAGUCAAUUCGAUAAGCAACAGCAGCGGCACCAGCGGCAGCAAUGUGGCCAACACGAGCAAUAGCAACAUGAACGGUGCUGUCACUGCCGCCGGCAUGGUGGUGUCGGCAGCUGGCUCUGUGCCCGGGGGCACCACGACCGUGGUCUCGGCCAUUCCUCCCACCGUAACGUCGUCGGCGUCGGCCGUAGCACUCGCUCAACAUCAUCACCAGCAGCAGCAAACAUCACUGAUACAGGUGCAACUACAGCAGCAACAGCAACAGCAGCAGCAACAGCAGCAGCAACAACAACAGCUAAAUGGUCAGCCAGUGAGUCAGCAACAACAGCCGCAGAGUGUGGCGGCGGCGGUGGCCGCUGUAACGGCGCUGGCCGAAUCAAAAUCUCAACCCAAGCGACUACACGUGUCGAACAUACCCUUCCGCUUUCGUGAUCCCGAUCUGCGAUCAAUGUUUGGCCAAUACGGCACCAUUCUAGACGUGGAGAUCAUCUUCAAUGAGCGAGGCAGCAAGGGAUUCGGGUUUGUUACCUUCGCUAAUAGUAGCGAGGCGGAGCGAGCACGCGAACGUCUUCACGGCACUGUGGUUGAGGGACGCAAAAUUGAGGUCAAUAAUGCAACCGCACGAGUUCAAAGUAAAAAAGCUCCUGCUGUGUCAAGCGUGUUUCUGACGAAACAAGGCGCAGUCUCGGCCCCGUCACUGGCCGCCGUUUGUGUUCCGUGGCCCGAAGGUUACCGUCUACCGCUCGCCACGUGGCCCUGGUUAGGGGCGGCCACCGCGGCCACUACCGUCGGAGCAACACCCACGGCAGCACUAGCCGCUGCCACUCCAUCGGCCGCUCACGCUGCAGCAGCCGCAGCCGCCGCGGCGGCCUCGUCGAAUCAAGCCGCCGCAGCGGCGGCCGCCACGCAACUUCCCGCCGCCACGUCACCCAUUCUCAUAGCGCAGGCCGCCCAGCGAGCCGCAGCAGCCGCGCAGAGAAGAAGGUCGCAAACGAUGGCCAGCGUAAUGUCGCUGACCGGAAAUGCAACCACGACACCAGCGACUCGACAUCCUUCGCUGACUAACGGCGGAAGCGCUGGCACUAGUACUGCCACCGCUGGUGGCGGAAACGCAAGAUCGACCACCGUACCCGGUGCACUGCUUCCGGCCGGCCAGCCUCCCGGACGCUUCGCCCCGCAGCCGCCGCAGCCCACCAUCGCGUUCAACGGACAUGCCGGCGCCAUACCUGGUUAUGCGCCUGUUUACUUCGAUCCCUACCUGGCAGCGGCUGCGGCCUCGGCCGCCGAUCCCAACUAUCGUCUGCAGGCGGCUAAACCAGUGACGGAAGUUCAAGCACAGCCUACCAUUUUGAACGCGGCAGCUCCACUGCUGAAAACACCACUGUCCCAAGCACAGGCGGCGCAGGUUUAUUCGGCCGCCAGCUACACGGCCGCCGCGGCCAGGGCGUACGGUGCUGCAGCUGUUGCCGCCCAGCCAACCGUUGCUGGGUACACCGCCGUCGCAGGAUACGGCAGAGAGUACGCCGACCCGUACCUAGGACAUGGUAUUGGACCCGUACCCGGCUACGGGGCCACAAUGUACCGAGGAGGUUACAACCGCUUUGCGCCAUACUAGACAUGAUCGAUCGUUGCUCGAUCCUAAAUCGGCGCUCCACAGCCGAUCGUAAACGCCCGUAGCAAGUAAUCUGCGGCGACAGCAAAUUAUGGUUUUUCGUGACGUUCAGUUCCCGGUCUGAUUCCCGGUUUAUGUUAUGCGCGACGAGCCGAACCGAAGAGUGACAACUUGCGCACCGGUGGUCAGUAUGCGAGACGCCAAAAAUCAAACAGUCAACACCUGGCAAGUGUGUACAACAGCCUGGCAAGUGUGGCAACAGCCUGGCAACAGCCUGGCAAGUGUGUACACCGGGGCUCCACGGAACUCGCGUAUGAGCUUCCCAAAAACUCGAGAGUUGCGGUUCCAUCGGAAUCGUGGUCUUCCACAAUAACAUGACCCGAGACGAGAAUGAAAUUAGUAGCAGAACUUCCCACAGACAGUCUCCGGUCGAAUUUGUAUUGAUAAGGAAUGUCGUUACAGAACUUCCCCGUGCUCAGUUCUAUGAAGUGUGUCAUUUUGGAUUUUCUAGAUUUGAUUUCUAGAGAUUUCUUUACACUUCCG